AUGUACACAGAGGGCAUCAAGUGCCGAAUAUUCUCCACCACUCUGACUGGACCCGCCCAGUUGUGGUUUGGAACACUAGCCCCAAACUCCAUUCAUUCUUUCGAGGACUUGCAGACACGUUUUCUGAGACAAUUCGCGAGCUCGCAAAGGGUAGGAAAGUCAGCUAUCUCUUUGAUGGACAUAAAACAGGAUCAAAAUGAAACACUACGAGAAUAUACCACCCGGUUCAAUCUCGCUGCUCUGGAGGUGCCAGAGGCGGAGUCGCAGAUAAAGAAUUGUGCAUAUGUCAGAGGAUUGAAGCCGGGGCUUUUCUUCGACGAAUUGCAAAUCAGACCAGCCAGAGAUUUUGAUGAUAUCAUGGCAAGGUUACCAGGGUAUUUACAGUUGGAGGACGCCCGGAUGGCGCGAAAGGCUGAAAAUGAUAAACAUAAGGCUAAAAGGGCCGAAGCUGCACUGGAGCAGAACAACAGGAAUCAGGACCGGGCACCCUUCAGAGGGUUGCCCCCUAGGGUGCUUCCUCCCCAGACGGAGAUACCAACCCACCAGCAACGCACCGUAAACGAGGUCAAUCGCUUCAUUGAAUACACUCCCCUAAAUAAACCACAAGAAGAAAUAUUCCAUCUGCUUAAGAACCAGCCGUUUUUCUGGGCACCGAGCACUUAUAGAGACGGACAGCCACAACAGGGGCCCAACAACAAGUUAUGUGAAUACCACAACGCCUACGGGCACUACACUAGAUACUGUGGACACCUCAAGCAUCAACUGGAGUUCUUAGUGCGCCAGGGCAACUUGGACCAGUUUAUCGCCAAGGGGAAUGUGGGUCAGGGUCAGCCGCCCCAGGGAAACGACCACAGACAAGUUCAAGGGAAUGAUUGGGAUCGACGCUCGGAGGAAAACUGUGAUCAACAUAGAGGGGCCGUGCAAGGUCGGGCACCUCCCCACCCACCCAGAAGGGAAGUGCACAUGAUUUUCGGCAAGAAUGGGAUACCAACUUCCAAUCGGGCCAAGAAACAAGUCGUGCGGGCAAUAAGGUCAGGGUAUUAUCCCAAGCAAGUAAUGGAGAUCACAGGUGCAGCGGAGGAGCCAGUCAUUACUUUCGGGUCAGAAGACCUGCGAACGCUCAUGUACCCCCACGAUGACGCACUGGUCUUCACAGCAGAUAUUGCAUCUUGCAUUGUACAUCGCGUUUUUGUAGAUUCAGGAAGUGCAGUGAAUAUUCUAUACCUGGAAUGUUUACAGAAUAUGGGGAUUGAAGCUAAUAUCGAGCCCACGAACGCCCCUUUGUUCGGAUUUGGGGGGAAAUCGUCAUGCCGCUGGGAUUCGUGGAGCUACCGGUCACCCUCGGCAUGA